AAAAUCUUCCGGCUGAGAGGGCUGAAAAUUUUGAUGAGGGCUUGAGUGUUGUGCUGAAAUAUCAAUUCCAACGAGUGUCACACGUAUUUGAGUAUCGCCUAAAUAGGACGCGAACCAUGGCUGCAAGACUGAUGAGCGCCCAGGCACAGGUGUGCCGAUUGGGCAAGCAUGUGGUGGCCGAUGGCCCAGUGGUGCGCCAGUUCCACGCCUCCUGCUACACCGCCUCCAAGGUGGCCCUGUCCAAGUUCGACUCGGACGUCUUCCUGCCGUACGAGAAGCUGAACAAGCGCCUGGAUGUGGUCCGUGGUCGCCUUAACCGGCCGCUGACGCUCUCCGAGAAGGUGCUGUACUCGCAUUUGGACGAUCCGGCCAACCAGGACAUCGUGCGCGGAACAUCCUAUUUGCGUCUGCGUCCCGAUCGCGUGGCCAUGCAGGAUGCCACCGCCCAGAUGGCCCUGCUGCAGUUCAUCUCCUCCGGCCUGAAGAAGGUGGCUGUCCCAUCGACAGUGCACUGCGAUCAUUUGAUCGAGGCCCAGGUCGGUGGACCCAAGGAUUUGGCUCGCGCCAAGGACCUGAACAGGGAGGUGUACGACUUUUUGGCCAGCACCUGCGCCAAGUACGGUCUGGGCUUCUGGAAGCCCGGCAGCGGCAUUAUCCAUCAGAUCAUCCUGGAGAACUAUGCCUUCCCCGGCUUGCUGAUGAUCGGCACUGACUCCCACACGCCCAAUGGCGGUGGUUUGGGUGGCCUGUGCAUUGGUGUCGGUGGCGCUGACGCCGUCGACGUUAUGGCCGACAUCCCCUGGGAGCUGAAGUGCCCCAAGGUGAUCGGUGUCAAUCUCACCGGCAAGAUCAGUGGCUGGACCUCGCCCAAGGAUGUGAUCCUGAAGGUGGCCGAUAUCCUCACCGUUAAGGGAGGCACCGGCGCCAUCAUCGAGUACCACGGCAAGGGUGUCGACUCCAUCUCGUGCACAGGCAUGGCCACCAUUUGCAACAUGGGUGCUGAGAUUGGUGCCACCACCUCACUGUUCCCCUUCAACCAGCGCAUGGCCGACUACCUGAAGUCCACCGGACGCGGCGGCAUCGCCUCUGAGGCGCAGAAGUAUCAGGGCAAGAUCCUGUCCGCCGACAAGAACUGCGAAUACGAUGAACUGAUUGAGAUCAACCUGGAUACCCUGGAGCCCCAUGUCAACGGACCCUUCACUCCCGAUCUGGGCCAUCCCAUCAGCAAGCUGGGCGAUAACUCCAAGAAGAACGGCUAUCCCUUGGACAUCCGCGUGGGUCUGAUUGGCUCCUGCACGAACUCCUCGUACGAGGAUAUGGGUCGCUGUGCCAGCAUCGCCAAGGAUGCCAUGAGCCACGGCCUGAAGUCAAAGAUCCCCUUUAACGUGACGCCUGGAUCGGAACAGAUCCGUGCUACCAUUGAGCGUGAUGGCAUCUCUGAGGUGUUCGACAAGUUCGGCGGCACCGUGCUGGCCAAUGCCUGGCCUUGCAUUGGACAGUGGGAUCGCAAGGACGUGAAGAAGGGCGACAAGAACACCAUUGUCACCUCGUACAACCGUAACUUCACCGGCAGGAACGAUGCCAACCCGGCCACCCAUUGCUUCGUCACCAGUCCCGAGCUGGUCACCGCUCUGUCCAUCGCCGGUCGUUUGGACUUCAACCCCUUGACUGACGAGCUCACCGGCUCCGAUGGCAAGAAGUUCAAGCUGAAGGCUCCCUUCGGCGAUGAGCUGCCCGCCAAGGGCUUCGAUCCCGGCCAGGACACCUAUGCCGCUCCUCCAUCGUCCGGCGACAAUGUUAAGGUUGCUGUGGAUCCCAAGUCGCAGCGCCUGCAGCUUCUGGAGCCUUUCGACAAGUGGAACGGCCAGGAUCUGACCGACUUGACCGUGCUGAUCAAGGUGAAGGGAAAGUGCACCACCGAUCACAUCUCCGCCGCCGGUCCCUGGCUGAAGUACCGUGGUCAUUUGGACAACAUCUCCAACAACAUGUUCAUUGGUGCCACCAACUACGAAAACAAUGAGAUGAACAACAUCAAGAACCAGCGCAACGGCACCUGGGGUGGAGUUCCCGACGUGGCCCGCGACUACAAGGCCAAUGGCAUCAAGUGGGUUGCUGUCGGCGACGACAACUACGGUGAGGGUUCGUCCCGCGAGCAUGCCGCCCUUGAGCCCCGUCAUCUGGGUGGCCGCGCCAUCAUUGUCAAGUCCUUUGCACGUAUCCACGAGACCAACCUUAAGAAGCAGGGUAUGCUGCCUCUGACCUUCGCCAAUCCCGCUGACUACGAUAAGAUCCAGCCCACGAGCAAGAUCUCCCUGCUUAACCUGAAGUCCCUGGCACCCGGCAAGCCCGUUGAUUGCGAGGUGAAGAACGGCGACAAGGUCGAGAAGAUCAAGCUGAACCACACCCUCAACGACCUGCAGAUUGGCUGGUUCAAGGCUGGCAGCGCCCUCAACCGCAUGAAGGAGCUGGCCCAGUAAAUGUGGUCCGUGAAGCUACUUAAGACCUCUGUCCCAGCAGACCCCGGCGAAGAUACACUCACACUCAACGCAAGCAAUCGAGUUUAUGGUAUUGUUAUUCAAUUUUUUUGCAAAUUGUUUAGAUAUUUUUAUUUUGAGUAAACCGAAAAGUGUGACGUUUUUUCGAAAGUGUAACCGCGAGCGAUGGCGAGAAUUUGUAAAAGUUUUUAUAUAUACCUAUAAUUAUACACAAACAUUAUUAUUUUUAAUUCUUGCUAUAUACUUGUUCUUUGCGAAUUUGUCCAGAAAAGCUCUGCAGAUUGCCUCGACGAUGAUGAUAAACAUGAUGAUUUAGUGCGAAUAAAACUCAAAGUGUAAUACGUA